AUGUCUAUUACGAUGCACAUUUGGUUCUACCCCGUUCUAGUAGCGGUGGCACUCUACUUCUAUAGAGCAGGAUACAUACUGAUUCGUAGAAGGGCAUGCGCCUACGACUCGCUUCCACAGGCGAACAGAUGGCGCUUAGGAAUAGAUCUGCUAGUGAUGACCUUGAAGGCAUCUGAUGAGCUGCGCUUGAUGGAAUUCUUCAUGGACAACUUUCGCCGACUCGGCAAUACCUUUCGCCAGUCUGUAGGGAUGAAUACAUCCAUCCUCACCAUCGAACCGGCCAACAUAGAGGCCCUGCUCUCAUCCAAUUUCAAAGAUUGGGGUUUGGGUUUUCGGCGUACCAUCUUCCAUCCACUGUUAGGCGAGGGGAUCUUCCUCCAGGAAGGCGACGCAUGGAAACAUUCACGCGAUAUUUUGCGCCCGCACUUUUACCAUCGCCACUAUGAAGACCUGGAAAUCUACCGACCGCACGUAGACAAUCUUCUAGAAGCGAUUGCUAACGACGGCGCUAACGUGGUGGACUUGGAACCGUUAUUCUUCCGCUUGACGCUCGACGUCACCACCGAGUUCUUGUUCGGUGAGUCUGUAUGGAGCCAGCGACCGACUUCCAGUAUAGUCGGUCACGAUUUCGAAGGCGCGUUCGACUUGGCGCAAAGCAUCUCGGCCAAAAGACUCAAGUUCCAAAAGUUAUACUGGCUCGUCGACGGCAAGCGAUUGCGAAAGGCCUGCAAUAUCAUCCACCAAUUCGCGGAUAGUAUCAUCAAAAAGACGCUCGCGGGAACCGCCGACGAUGCGCCCAGUUCGAAGAAACCCCCAUUCCUAAAGACCGUUGCGGAGCAAUUCCCAGACCGAGACAUCUUGAGAGGCCAAUCGAUCAACAUCCUUACCGCGGGCAGAGAUUCCACCGCGACUUUCCUGGCGUGGGCCUUUUUCCACCUAGUGAGACACCCCGCGAUCAUGGAAAAACUCCGCGUAGAAAUCGCCGAGGUCGACGAGACUAUCGCACCGCUAACGCGCGCGGAUCUGCUUCGGAUGACGCAUCUGCAGAAUGUCGUGAAAGAAGUUCUGCGACUCCACCCCCCAGUCCCCCUAAUCUCGCGCACGGCGCUUAGGGACACGGCGCUACCGACGGGCGGCGGGCCCGAUGGUAAAUCCCCGAUCAUAGUCCCCAAGGGAAUGAGCGUGCUCUACAGCGCCUACUGCAUCCAGCGGCGACCCGACCUCUACGGAAUGGACGCCGAGGUGUUCCGGCCCGAGAGAUGGAACGAAGAGCCUCUCUGCUCCCGCGACGCGACGCACCGGGGCUGGAUCUUCCUGCCGUUCGGUGGCGGGCCGAGGACGUGUCUAGGGAUGGACUUCUCCCUUACCGAAGGCGCGUACGCCAUAGUGCGUAUCUUGCAGCGCUUCCCGUCCAUUAGGCUCCCGGCCGGCGAGCAGGUCCAAGUGACCGGGCAGGAGAAGCAGGCGAUCACGAUAUCUCUCAGGCCGGCUGAGGGAUGCAGAGUCGAUUUGGGUAAAGAGUAA